AUGUUCGGUGCCCAUGCCCGCUCCGUGGCGAGCACCUGCGCUACGUUUAUUUCCAGGGAAGCCCACGAACGGGGAGUGCACGAGUCCCUGGGCCUGACCCGCAUCAUCGAACCUGUCAGAAACUGCCGGACGAUUACCAAGCGGCAGAUGGUCCGCAACGACCGGACGCCCCAGAUCGAGGUUGACCCGGAAACCUAUCAGGUGCGGGUGGACGGCGAGCUGGCGAUGGUCCCGCCUGCGGAGAGGUUGAGCUUGGCCCAGCUGUAUUUCCUGGUGUGA